AUGCGUUUGUUUAAUACAUCUCUACAGAGAAGAUUAAGCGAGCAGACGAAGAAUGCACGGAGGGCUCAGGAGGUACUGGAGGAGGAGAAGGUACGAGAUGCUCAUUGGCUCCGGAGGCCGGCGGCGUCAGAACCGUUGAAGCUGGCCGCAAACGGUGACCGGAGGCGGCGGCGCUGGAGGAUAAGAAUCGCCCCGAAGCUGAAGCUGUGGCUCUCGCCAAAGAACUUCCUGGCUAGGCUUCGCGACGCGUACGUGAACUUGAUGCUGCGGAUGGCCAACUCGCCGGCGAUCAGCGGUGGCUUCCGUGAGCAGGUUGACGAAUCCAUCGUAGGGCUCGGAAAGGGCCCGUCGAAGGAGUAUGAUGAGAAGGUGAUCGUUGAUUACUACAACUCUCUGAGGCGCAGGGACAAUUGGUGCUCCGCGAUGCAGCCAUGA